UAACAUUUUGGAUUGACUGAUAGCACUGUGUUUGUUCCAUAUUAAAAUUAAUCCUCAAAAAUACAACUUGCAUAAUAAUUGUGAACACAGUAUAGUCGGGUUUUGAUUGCCUGUUUUCAAACGUUGCUUGCGGGAUAUCUUAACGCGGGUGCUGUCUGCAAAGUGUGUUCGGUGUUUAACGCUUCUUUAGUUUGUUUAAUAACGGACUUAAUUUUUUCAAUUCUAACCAGAGGCCUUGUGGUGAUUGUUUAAAAUAAAAGAAACGGAGAAUAAAGGAGAAGAGAAUGACCAGACCGUUAGUAUACCAAACAUACGUGGUAUUUAUCUAUCCAUUCUUCGAUCCAUCCAUUAUCCAACCCGAUAUCCUAACUACAGAGCCACGGGGAUCUGCUGGAGCCAAUCCCAACCAACACUGGGAGCAAGGCAGGAAACAAACCCCGGACAGGGUGAAAGCCCACCGCAGGUGAUAUUUAUGAAUUACUUAAUAAUAAUUUAUUUUACGGACCCCCUUGUCAUGUAUCACGGACCCCACUUUGAGAAACACCGUUUUGUUCUUCUGUUAGUUGUUUAAAUCACAUACUGUAUAAUGCUGACAUUAUGAGGGGAUUAAAAUACAUUUUUUCUUAAAAAUGUGCAAACCAUUGAAUAUUUAGGAUAUGCCAAAUGAGGAGGCUAAAUGUUUAUAGAGGAAAAAGAGGUGGCGUUUCAAAGCGCGGCAUCCUCGCGCGUGUAUUGGCGGAGGCGUAUGUAAAUUAGGAGGAGACGCGCCCUCUAAGCCUUUAUCACUUUGUCCACAAGAAGAAAUCCGCGCAUCAAAUAAGUGCGACUUCUGAUAACACGGCUAGAAAAGGACAGUCUGAAGGAAGGGCACACGCAUUUCUAUGCCUGGCCUAAGUCGUUCUGAGGUGAUUCAUUUGACUUUGAUAUACCAAAGAAAUUCCAACGGUUUAACACGAAUCUUCCAGAAACAGCCAUUGAACCAUCAAAAAGCAUAGCUCACAUCAUUUUACAGGAACUAAAUCCACUUAUGGAUGAAAUAAAUUCCUCAAGCCAUGAACAAAAUCAAGCAACGGAGCAGCAUCAUGAAAAUCAAAAGGACACAGGAAAAUUCCAAAAACUACAAAAUUUUAAGUCACAGCUCUGGAAAGGCGUUUCUUUUAUCUCAGGAGACAUGCAUGCCUUUGCCAAAUGGCUGAAGGGAAAGUAUGUGGUAUUUCAGUUUUUUGACUGGAUUCUGAGGGGUGCUGCCCAAGUGAUGUUUGUUAACAAUCCUUUGAGUGGUCUUAUUAUAUUUGCUGGACUAAUUUUACAAAACCCUUGGUGGGCACUAAAUGGAUUUGUGGGUACCAUGUUUGCAACAAUCUCUGCCCUUAUUCUCCAGCAAAACAGGGGAGCCAUUGCUGCAGGAUUGUAUGGCUACAAUGGGAUCCUAGUGGGCCUUCUUAUGGCAGUGUUCUCUGAAAAGGGAGACUGGUACUGGUGGCUCCUGUUUCCAAAUGUUUUUAUGUCCAUGGCGUGCCCAAUUGUUUCAAGUGCUUUGGCUUCUAUCAACAGCAAAUGGGGCCUUCCAGUCUUUACUCUGCCUUUUAACAUUCUGGUCUGCUUGCAUAUGGUGGCCACAGGACAUUACAAUCGUUAUUUCCCGCAGGUUCUCAUCAAACCCAUUGCUUCAACUCCUAAUCUCACCUGGUCAGAUGUCAAUGUUGGCAUGCUGUUUAGGGCUGUGCCAGUGGGUAUUGGACAAGUGUACGGCUGUGAUAAUCCAUGGACUGGAGGCAUUUUUAUUGUUGCUUUGUUCAUUUCAUCUCCCGUCACCUGUUUGCAUGCAAUAAUCGGCUCUGCUUCUGGUGUCCUGUCAGGCUUGGCUCUUGCAUCACCCUUCCAAAACAUCUAUGAUGGCCUCUGGAGUUAUAACAGUGUGUUGGCUUGUAUAGCCAUAGGAGGAAUGUUCUACGCUUUGACAUGGCAGACUCACCUUCUUGCUGUUGCUUGUGCCUUCUUUUGUGCUUACCUGGGAGCAGCAAUAGGAAAUGUCAUGUCAGUGUUUGGUUUGCCUGCGUGCACGUGGCCCUUCUGCCUCUCAGCACUGACCUUCUUGCUCAUCACCACUGACGCAAAGGCCAUUUUCAGGCUGGAACUCGCUAACGUCACGUACCCUGAAGAAAACUUAAAAAACUACAAAAAGAUGAGGAAACUCGAGAGGAUGGACUUAAAAGACAUUCAAAUUAGUGGUUAAAGCUGAAGCAACCAGACUGUUUUCAAAGCUCACAAAAGCAACUUUAUUAAAUGCUUUUUUGUUUUAACAGCAGUACCUCUGAAAUUACAGUAUUAUAUAAGUUAUUGAAGUUAUUCUCCAAAACUAACGGAAUUGCUAUUUUUAAAUCACUGUAAAAAUUCAAUUCACAAAAAGCAGAAAGUAUACUCAAUUUUUGGACUCUUCUAAACUAGUAGACUAAUUAUGAACUUGUUAAGCAGAUUGAAGAAAUCAAAAUUUUACAAACGUGUUCUGAGAAUGUUGUAUGGGUAAAGAAAACAUUUACACCCAUACAGAGCUUGUGAAAGUGUUGAUUCAGGCAUGUCGUAUUAUUUUGUGUUUUGUAAUAAAUUUAGAGUACUUUACAGAGAUCUGUUUUCACUUUGA